CCGCCGAGACCAAGAUGGCCGCGAGACUCGCCGCCUUCUUCAAGAAUGCCUGGGCCAAGGAGCCGGUGCUGGUCGCGUCCUUCACCAUCGCGGGCCUCGCUAUAAUUGUGCCCACCCUCAGCCCCUACACCAAAUACUCCAUCAUGAUCAACAAGGUCACACCCUACAACUACCCAGUGCCCCUCCGAGAUGAUGGGAACAUGCCUGAUGUGCCCAGCCACCCCCAGGAUCCCCAGGGCCCAAGCUUGGAGUGGCUGAAGAAACUGUGAGCACCUCCGUUGACAGGGAGGAGGCCCCCUCCCCAGUGGCCCUCAAUAAAAAUGUGAAAACUGA